GAUAGUGCGCACCGUGGGGUACCCAGAGAAGGCAUAGAACAGCCAGCUGAGAAUAAUGUUAACAAUCAAUCAGAGCGUCGACCAAAUACAGUUGACCCUGGUACUCCACACACUUCCAUUGAUAAGGAUCAAGUAAACUCUCCUGAGGAGACACAGAUCACUCACGAAGAAAAUGAUAAACAUGGUGCGAACGAUGCUCAGGGGAAUACACAACCUCCAGAAGCUCCAGUCACAGAACCAUCUCCUCCUUCUACUUCCUCUGAAAAUGAUGGAACUCAGGGCGUUAAUUCUGCAGAAACAACACCGACUAACCCAGAGAACACAAACUCUGACACUCCCACUACACCCAGUGAGGAGCAAUCAACGUCACCAACUACUACUACUACCACCACCACCACCACCACUACAACCACAACAACACUUCCUCCUGAGCCUGUAAACAACAAGACGGGUGAUGCAGACAGCAGCAGCAGUAUCAGCAGUUCUGUGUGGGUGCGUGUACCACUACUGAUUGUGGUUACACUGGCCUGUAUUCCUGUGUGCUGA